AUGACCCCACUGACAGCACCACGCAAGAACUGCGGGGUGCCACCAUGUGAAGUGCGGGAUGUCCCCGGGACAGAGCAAGUCAAGGCAGGGCGGCUGCAAAGGGGGAAAGCAGCUUCCGGUUUGCUCACGGCGCAAGCGUGGGGUGCUUUGCAUUGUGGGAACUCCUUCCUUUCUUUCUCCCCUGCCAUUUUGGCGGCUGCUUUUGGUCAGGGGCUGUCCCACAUCUACGGCAGAAAGGUGGUGGCCGCAGAGAAGACGAAAAAAUCUCUGGAGUCCAUCAACUCUAGGCUCCAACUUGUUAUGAAAAGUGGAAAGUACGUGCUGGGGUACAAGCAGACACUAAAAAUGAUUAGACUAGACGGGAAAGUGAAAUUGGACAUCCCCACCAGCAACUGCCCAGCUUUGAGGAAAUCUGAAAUAGAGUACUAUGCCAUGUUGGCCAAAACUGGUGUCCAUCACUACAGUGGCAAUAAUGUCGAACUGGGUACAGCAUGUGGAAAAUACUACAGGGUAUGCACACUGGCAAUCAUUGAUCCAGGUGAUUCUGAUAUCAUUAGAAGCAUGCUGGAACAGACUGGUGAAAAAUAAACCUUGCACAUUUUUUCAUUAAAACCUGCCAGAGCUUAUUUAAACGGGGGGGGGGGGGGCAGAGACCCCCUUUUUGGGGACUCAAAGAAAAACUGAGUGCGGGAGGGCCUGUCUCUUUCUAUCUUAUCUCAAUAUCCCAGGCCAGGACCCGGAGGAGCCCAAGCCCUAGGAAUGCAGUGAUGGGCAGAGCCCCAGGAGGGCCUGUUCUCUCUGGCCAAAGGACCAAGAAUUAUGCAGCCUAGAAAAAGAGAAAACUUCCAGAAAAAUCUGCACCCAUCCCAGGAAAGUGAGCUAAGGCCAUGUGGGAACCUGGACUUCCGCCCUCCCAAGGCCCCAGGGGCCACUGCCCAGCCCACUGAGACAGCAGCAGGAGAACCAAACACAGUCUGGAUGCACUGCAUCCCGAGGUGCCCAGGAAGCCCUCACUGGAGGCCUCUGUCUAACUGUGACAUCAGGGAAGAUGAGUGCACUACCUGGGCUUCCAUUCCUGCCUGGCAGGAACAAGACAGCACUCCCACUACACCUUACACGGUCGGAGGAGCCCCAGGGAUCCGGCCCAUCACUUACAAAUGAAUCAUCAAAGGGCACAACCACCACGAGGAUCACCCUAACCUAUGCUCAAAAGCAUUUCCGAAAAUCCAGCAUCCACUUUUCUUUAAAAAAAAAAAAUACAAACCCUUGAAAGAACUAGGCAUAUCCUACUCCUAGUCUACAGUCACAAUUGGUGGGAAGACCCCAUUUAUUUCACUACUAGAGGCAGAAUGAAAAAGAAUGCCCACCCUUAUUACUGUCACUUCAUUUACUACUGGACGGAGAAGAUGAAGCACAGUCAUCACCAUUCACAGUGGGUCUUACUGUAGACCUGGAAAAUCCAAGAGGAUUGAAUAGAACACCAUCACAAUCAGUUUCCAUUAGUGAGCUAAAAUUUUAUCUUUGAUAAAUUCGGACAAGUAAGGUGGAAAUUAUCCUUCCCAAAAUAAUCCCUAGCCACAUUUACACAAAAAACCCAGGGCUGACAAGUUGCUAGCAGAUUGGAAACAGGAGAAAAGGCCCAGCGUGGGACAUGCAGGCAACACUGAAGCAUGCUGGGAGCUGGGCAGGCUGGGGCUCAACCACCAGGGCUGGAGGGGGCAGUGCUUGGGGCGUGUGGAUUGCCAAGGCGCUCCAUAACCCGCGAUUUCACCACCAAGAAAUACCCGGGCUCCUGUCCUGUUCGCCCAGAUGUUUGCCAAGAUGGUGCUGUGGACAUAAAACCACCACCUAGAAAUGAAGUCCCUGCCUGAGACAAGCCAGUGGCAAAGUUGGGUCUGUGCCACCCCUGGGGGCCAGGCGGUCACAUAGGAGGGACCAGGACUGGAUUAGCAUUGCAUCCAGUACCCCCGAGGCCCGUCAUGUGUGAAGACUGCCCCCCACACAAAAUGCUCAGUGCCCAACCUACACACCCCUCCUGGCGCAUGCACAGAAGCAUACUCGAAAUGGCAAGGGCUUUGGAAGACUUAAGGUCUGCAUCCUGGGUGCUCCCAGCUAAGAGUUUACCUUGAGUCUCAGGAGGAACUUUUGAUUUAGGAUUUUCACCAAUGCUGGAACUGCUCAGAUUUUGGC